AUGUAUCCGCCACUGGAUUAUCUUGAGCAUCGCCGUGCCUGUGCGAUCAAGCAACGGCAGCGCGAUGCCCGCUUCGAAUCUCUCCCCGAGACAUACCGAGGCCCCUUGACAUCGCAGCAACGAUCGAUCCUGAACGCUCCCAUCGCAUCUCUAGUCGAAGACGUGCACAACUCGGUUCUAUCGCCCAUCGACAUCAUCCGCACCUACGGCAAGACCGCAGCGAUCGCUCAACAACGAACCAACUGCGUGACGGAAGUUCUUCUCCCGGAGGCGGAAGCAUGGGCGAAGAACGAGAAGGAUAUGAACCUGAAAGGUCCACUGGCCGGUAUUCCCGUAUCACUGAAAGACAGCAUUGUGGUCGGUGGAUUCGACACAUCAGUGGGCUACUCCAAAAACGUGUUCAAACCCUAUCCGGAAGAUGGGAUCAUGGUGAAACUGCUCAAGCGGGCCGGGGCGAUUCCGCACGUCAAGACGGCCCUGCCGAUUACUCUGUUGUCGUUCGAAUCCGCCAACGAUCUCUGGGGAGUAUGUAAAAACCCGCAUAACCCGAAAUACUCGCCUGGCGGCAGCACGGGCGGCGAAGGCGCAUUGUUGGCUCUGAACGGGUCUCGUAUUGGAAUUGGAUCCGACGUGGCGGGAUCGGUGCGUGCGCCCGCCGCAUGGUCGGGAAUCAAUUCUCUGCGAUGCAGUACUGGCCGCUGGCCCAAGAUGGGCAUGAACACAUCCAUGCCCGGGCAAGAGGGGAUUCCGUCUGUGUUUUCGCCCAUGGCUAGAACACUCGACGACCUCACGUAUUUCACUAAGAGCUUCAUUGGCAUGAACCCCUGGGAAGUCGAUUACACUGUCCACCCGAUCCCCUGGCGACAGGACGUCUACGACUCCACGGCGAACAACAAAAAGCUGCGGAUAGGGUUGAUGUUGAGUGAUGGCGUGUGUCGGCCUUCACCUGCCAUCGCACGCACAGUCAAACUUACUGCCGACGCACUCCGCUCCGCCGGGCACGAGGUCGUCGAUAUCAAUGUCUCCGAUUUCCCAGAGACAGCGACGCCCGCGCUGGGGCUGCAAAUCGCAUCUGUGCUGUUGUGUGGCGACGGCGGCAAGACGUUCCGCUCCUUCUUCCGCACCGGCGAAUCCAACGACCCCGGCGCCGCCCAGAUCAAUUUCUACAUGUCCCUCCCCCGACCCAUCAAGUACCUCUGGUACCUGUGGACGCGGUAUGUGAAGCGUGAUCCGCUAUGGGCUUCGCUGCUACGGUACUUCCAUCCGCUGUCCGCGGUCGAGAAUUGGAAAUGGGUUGCGAAACGUGAAGCGUUCCGCGCCACCUGGUUCGAUUGGUGGGAACAACCCAAGCAACAGUUUGAUUUCAUCUUGUGUCCUGCCAACGCCACGCCGGCUUUGCCUCAUCGUGCAAUGCACGACGCUGUCUCCUCGUGCGGAUAUACUUUCUUGUGGAACUUGCUCGAUUACUCGGCUGGCAUUGUGCCCGUGUCCAAAGUCGAUGCUGAGCUUGAUAAACUCUCGCCGACGUUUAGACCUGUCAACGGUGUUGAAAAGGGUGCUUAUAAGUUCUACAAUGCCAGAGAUAUGGCGGGGCUGCCCACUGCCGUCCAGGUCGUCGGUCGACGACUCACGGAGGAAAAGGUCCUAGCGGCAAUGAAGGUCGUCGAGGAUUCGCUGCGUGAAAACGGGGUUGUUUACGAGCAUGUCGAUGUCGAGAGUCUGCCGGAGUUUGUUGCCCAGGAGGCGAAUAAGCUGAAGACCAGCACGACGAGUGCAAGUACUUGA